AUGCUGCCAAUGUUACUGGCAGUGCUCUGCACAGCACUACCGCAGGUGCUGUCGCAGAGCAACUACGCCUCACAAGGUAACAGCAUCGAGUACCAGCCCGGCCUGCCGCCGAGCACCGUUCUGGACGGGAAGGUGACCAAACUGGACGACAUCUCGUCGAUGAUAUUCCUGAAUCGCACCAAGGCGUACCUGAAUUGCAGCCAGGGCAGCAUGCAGGUCGAGUUGAAGUUCGAGGAACCGUUCUACGGGGUCGCCUACGCCGACUUCGAUCGUAACAGCGCGUGCAUAAUCAAAGGCCGUGGAUCGACCAGCGCCAAGCUGGAACUACCUCUAAAAGGAUGUGGCACGAGGCAGGACCCUCAACGCGUGUUCACCAACAAUGUCGUGGUACGGUUCCAUCCCGGCCUCGAGAUGGACGGCGAUGAAGUUAUCACGAUAGUAUGCAGAUAUCCACCGCCAGUGGCGCCUGCGCCGCCCAAACCACCCGAAAGCAUUAUCGCCACAGCGACCGCCUCGCCGUUGCCUGAUCCUCCACUGAAGGGAUUCCAGAUUCUCCUGAUCAUCUGCGCGAUCCUGUUUCUCUCGUUGCUGCUGUUGGGCCUGGGCUGCUCGUACAUGUGCCUGAAACGGCGAAACGUUCGUGUGAUCCAUCGUCACCCGUUCGGCUGCGGUUCAGGCUCCGAGAUAAAAAAACUCUCGACCUCUUCGCUGAGCAAUAUCACGAUGUUCGAGGGCCUGAAAAUCCCUCGGGCCCACGCGCUUCUGCACGCGCCUCCAUCGACCACAGGGAGCGACGCGAAUCUGAUGAUCGACCACUCGCUGCCCAGCGAUUACCCGAGCGAGAGCUCCGAGGUGGACGAAGAACCAUCGCUGCCUGUAUCCUCUGCAGGCUCGUACGACAACAAGGCGUUCAUUCACCACGAGACCCACCAGCGACAAGAGAUGCGUACCACCAGUUCCCUCUACUCGGAAACGGUCGCCGCCGAAGUGGAGACCUCCUCCAUGAUAGCUGCGAACGCAUCGAGAACCGGCGUUCCUCGUCACAUGGUGGCGGUCCCAAUAGAGCCCAAGUUCGACGUGCAGAUGAGAGUGAAGAGAGCUCCGCCGCCUCCACCCAGCCCUCUGCCAUCCGAAUCCGACGUGGCGAGCGUCGCAUUGGAGAGAAACCUGACCACGAUCCUAGAAAAAGAGGAGACGAGUAUGACUCGAAGCCUCGAAAGUCCACCGGCCAGAAUGACCACGUUCUCCUACGUUCCGGAGCUCCACGGACCCCCGGGAGGAGGAGCAUCAUCCCCAUCAACGAUCUCACGGCAACAAACGCCGCCCGUUUACUCGAGGAUUCUCCGAAAACAGGCUGAACGAGAGACGACUACCAGCACCAGUAUGGUACAAGAACGGAUCCCGUCGCCCUCCCCGGUCGAACAACCGCCUCUCCAACAUCACGAGAUCCGCAGACCCAGAUCCUUGACCUCGUUGAAUACCGAACUGACCGAGACCCGUUCCCUCACGGAAGUGACCGAUCACACCCACGCCAAGUACAGAGUAGCCAGCAUCCUGGCGCCAACACCUCCGCCACCUCCGCCGAUCAUUCCGACAGCGACCACCACUCAUACGGCGAUACAGCAUCGUGAACACCAUCGUCUGUUCCGCGAGGAAGUGACGGAACCGUUGGUGGAGCCGCAGGUGGUCGCCCCGAGACGUCCAGAGAUCACCACCCACGAGGUGGACGAUGUAUUCCUAAAGACGGUCACGGAGAAGAAAACGAUCGAGGACGUGGAGCGUCACCGUAGACAGGUGACCGAGUACAGAGCCCGGCCCCAACCCCCGCCAGACCCCAAAUGGGACGUGACGAUCAGAAACUAUCCGACAGAGAAUCUUCCGCCACCACCGCCCGAGUGGGAGAACUUCUCCGAUGUCAGUUCCACCUCGAACUUAACCAUCACGAACGAACCGACCGGAAACCAGAGCGAGCUACCGAUAGACGAGGAGCCUGACGUCAACAUAGAGCCAACGUUCAGCAGACUGUCCCGCGUUCUGGAUCCCCGUUACGGCGCCGACUUGAACGACGAGGAACGCACUAGAUGGCGUGAAAUAAUCACCACAGACAGCACCCUGCGGACACUGUUGACGGAGGCCGUGGUCAAGGAGGACUACGAGCUGAUCCGCAAAGACGCGAGAUACACGAACCUAUUCCCGCCGGCCAAGUGGGACGUGAUCAUCCGUAUCCUUGGCCCACCCACGAACCAAGCCGGUUCAACGUCUUCCUCGAACCACGGAAAGAAUCACCGAUACAAAAGGUCCAAGUCCUCCGAAUGGGACACCAGAUCAAGACGGUCCUCUUUGCCGACGUUGUACGAGUACGAGAGCGACGGCGGCAGCUCCGCUCGUACCCACGGUCAUCGGAUUCAAGUCUCCCAUUCCGCCUCGGCGAUGGGUCAGCCAAGCCGUUUACGUAGACUCGGCUCGAGUCACAGGGGCGCGGGUGGUAGCAGCGAGGCCGACGUCAGAUCCAUGUCCGAGAUGACGGUUCGCGACUUCGCGAGAGUGGACCGAGAUGAUUUGACGAGCCUGAGCUCGUUCGAGGGCGCAGACUCGUUGGUCAGGUCUCUCAGCCAGCCUAGCUUAGCCAGAAGCGGUUCGGAGUUCACCGAACACUGGGGUAUACCCUCGGGGAUGAUGGACCUACCUCCGUGGGCCGCCGAAGACGCGGAGGACGGGACCAGUUCCGUCGAAACCACGCCCAGGGUCGUGAGAAGAAACGACCGCUUGGAUGUUCUUGCCUCGUUCGACGACCGCAGACAGGGUCCGGGAGCAGCCACGACGAGAUCGAGUCGGUACAUGGAGAGAGAGCUGAACAGCGUCCGCGUCACCGAGAGCCAGAGGACCUCGAACUGGUUCCACGAUGAUUCCGAGCCCGAGAUGCAAAUCUGA